GCAAUACUAGUAAGGUGGUUGGAAGCCAUAGUAAGCUUUUCUACUGUGUUAAAUUAGCAUCUUCCGUGAUAUUUGUAAGUAAAAUGUUAUAUUAAGUUUUUGUUUAUAAUAAGUUGCGAAUAAUUAUUUCUCAUCUCUGUGGUACAUUUUAGUUCAACAAUGGCUACAGCACUGAAUACGAAGAUUGUUUUGAAAAACACGACGAAGAUAAGUUUGAACGAACGUUUUACUACGUAUCGUGCUCAAGCGCAAACUAUUGAUAAUUAUCGUCAUAAAUUUCAGAUGCAACGGCAGGCUACCUCAGCAAAUCUUAGGUUAGCGCAGCAAAUGGCCAAUAGACCAACGGUAAUAGCUGCUUUAAGAUUAAAGAAACGAAGCUUGCAACAGAGGCUUGGACGAAAGCAACAAGCCGCCAAAAGCAAUAUAAAAGCUAGGUUAAACUUAAGUGGAAAUCGGAUAAAUAAUAGUUCCAUAAAGGGUCGUCUUGGGAUGGUCAGAGGAAAGGGAAUGCGACGUGGUAAUUUCAAGCGUGGUACUUCACCUCUCAUUAAAGCUAGAUUGGGCUUACCGAAAUCGGGAUAUAACUACAUUUCAAACCAGCGAUCAGGUUUCCGGAAUAGAAGAGGAAAUUUCAGAGGAGGCAAUCGUCAGUCUCGUGGUCGUCUUCAGGUCCAGAGAAAUCUUCCUCCUAAGAGUAACAGAGGACGUGGAAGGGGUCGAGGACGUUGGAAUAGCAAGAUUCAGGCCAGUCUUCCAACUAAGCAAGAACUUGACAAUCAGUUGGAUGAGUAUAUGGCUGAAACUAAAGGGACUCUUGAUGCGCAGCUGGGACAUUAUAUGUCUCAAGAGUGAAAUUUUUCAUGCGAUUUUACACGUGUGAAUAACUUUCUCUUUUUUUAUACUAGUAGAAAUGCUUGUCAGGAAUCAGACUAUUCUCCAGCUGUAUUUUCCACCGAUUAAUUCCUCUGUAAAGUUUGAAGAAUAUAAAAUAUGUAUUGAUAUUUCUUUUUAUGCACGUGUGCUAAUCAGAUGCACAUGCUACUGUUGAUGUUGGAAAAAUAACUUCAUUUUUCAAAACUAUAUAGAAUUGCAUCAGAUAUUUGUGUUUGUGGCUGUGUAUGAGAUUUCAUAGUGAUUUUUUCACAUAUUAAAAACUUUGUUAUGAAUUGUUGGUACUGUGGCAUUUAUCAUACAGUUGUUAAAAUUUUAUUGUGUAAAACCUGUAAGGUGAUCAAGCAGAUAUCUGUUUUGCUAUGGGAAAAAUGUAUAUAAUUUACCUCGACACUUAAUUACGGAAUGAAAAGUCUUUUAACGUGUUAUCCAUAAAUGAUAUGAGCUGUCCAGACUGUGUAAAUAUAAUUUUAUAUUUGUCCUCACAGAAAAUUAUUUGUCUGCAACAUUUUCAUAAAUUGCCAUGCUUAUUAUUUUAAGCAUAUUAUUUAAUGUUAAGUUGCAAAAGAACUUCUGUGUCAAAACUUAUGGAUAUUCAUAAUAUUUGUAUAAGAAAAAUUUCAAGCUGAAAUCUGAUAAUUGAUUUUUGUCAAAGUGGUUACCAAUGUGUAAAAAAGAAUAGUUUCAGUGUUGUUCUUAGCCUUAUUAUAAUGUAAAAUUUCACUCUGACUAUGAAUUUUGAAUUGUAGUAGCAUUGUGUGUCAUCUGUAUAAGUGUAAAAGAACUAUUCUUUGAAAUAUUUGUAUUUUGAUGGACUAAAUGUGGGAAUGUAAUAAAUAGGCUUAUAUGCUAAAAGUCAUUCAAGCAUGUUUCUUUCAAAUACAGAUUUCAAACCUGAAUUUUAUAAACACUGGUGGUAAAAAAGAAACUGAAUUAAGGUUCAAUCGAAUUUUGAAAGCUAAUCUGAAAUAAAUUCACCACUUACCUCAUUUCCUAAUUUAUGUAUCAAUAUCAGCUAUAUGGUUAAGGUGUUUUUUGAUGUGUAGUUGCAGUUCAAGCUGCAUGCCUUAUUUCAGAAUUCUCACAUUUAUCAUGAGUCUUCAAAAUUUAUUAUAUCUCAGCUUUUGAAGUGAAAGAAGUCUCUCCAUCAUGUAAAAUGAAUAGUGUUGCAAGGCACAACUACAAGCUUUCUUAAACCUUAUUUUGGCACUUUCUAAUUAUCCGUAUGCCUAAUUUCAGCACUCGGUACGUUUAGCAUGUUUUGCAGGUAUUUUCUAAUAUAAAUGUGAUAAUAGCCAAUCCAUGGAUGUGCAUGCAAUUUGCACAUCCAUGGAUUGGCUAUGAUGUUUGCAUGUUUGAGUACCUAUUAAUUUACCCUUUUAUGUUCAGCUGUUAUUCUACUUGCUGUAAAAGUGUACAUACUGCUUUUAUAAUUUUUCCUCCCUCAGUAAAUGCUUCUUAGGGUAAAAUUUAUCGAGUGCUAGUCAGUGACAGUUUUUUUUUAAAUCACCAAACUAUAAAUAUUUAUUGUCAGAAAACAUCAUAAAUGUAUUAAAAAACUUCAAAAAUUUAAAAGUUUAAAUUUUAAUUAUUAAAGAAAGAUUGUAUGAUACAUAAAAAAAAAAGUUUUUUUUUUUUAGGAAAUUGUAAUUUUUUUGUGUUGUUCUUCCUCUGUGCACAUAAAAAAGAAAAAUAAUUGCAUCUGAAUCACCUUGGCAUUAUGUACCAUCCAUGAUCAUGCUCAUUGAAGAACUAUGAAAGUUCCAACAUCAUGAAUAUAUAAAGAAAAAAAUAACUUCUAUUUUCACUAUUUAAAAAUAGCAAUAAAAAGUAAAGAUCAUAUCACUUAAAAGAGGUAUACUAAUGUUUUUGAAAGAGAUAGAAACCAUAUUUAACGUAAUUUAAAAAAUUUCCUGUGCUUUUAUCUAGUUUAUUUUUAUUGAAUGUAACAAAAAAUAUUUAAAAGGUUGAUUUUUCUCCCUGCAUAGCACUUAUGGAAAUCAUUUCAUUGUAAAAUGGAGAUGUUUUAUGCAAUGUUUUAUAGCAACUAAAUGAAAAAUAUUAUAUAUUAAAGGUUUCUUAAAUAACAAUGGUUUUAGAAAUUUUGGAAAAGUAUACCUGAGAGUAUGUAACCUAAACUAUUGUUUUAUUUAUAAUUGUGUAUGAAUAUAUCAUUGUAAAUAGGAUUGUUAAUUUUGCCAAUAUCACAAUAUUUACCAUUAGAAAGUGUUUAUUACUGUUAGAAGUAUUUAAUGCAUUAUGAAAAGAUGUAUGAAGUAAAAAGAUCAUUCAUAUUAUUUUACUAGUUGAAAAUAGAUUUUCUGUCCUAGUUGCCAGUUCUUAUUUUAUAUGUGUAGCUAAAGAGAAUGAAACUAAAUCAAAACGAUCAGUAAUCUUGUUCAGAAUAUAAACAGGAUUGAACUGUUUGAAUUUGCAUAAAUACAAAUUAGAUUUAAAUUUAAUAAAACAUUAUAUAUUAAAAAAAUCUUGCACUUUUAAUUUUUAAGGUUAUUUACCAUGGAAAACCUUCAAGUCACGCCCGCUUUUCAGAAUUUACGCACGUGUUAUGCUAACAGUAUAAUUUAAAAGCAAUAAUUUUUUUUGUAAAUGAAGAUAAAUUUUUUACUCAUCCACUUGCAUAUGAUAUAUAUUCUCAAUAAUAUUACCUUCUUUCUGUGAUAUUUUUUUAUUAGCAGUCAUGCUUGUAAUCAUUGUGCCACAUCUGUAGUGUUUAAUCAUUUCUUUUAUGAGCAUUUUGUAGUUUAAUUAAUAUAGAUAUAUGUGCAUCUAUGUGUAUAAGAUUUAAAAAAAUGCAUAAAUCAAGAUUUUAAUUUUGAUAUGCAAUUGUUCCUUAACUUCCAAUUUUAAUUUGGUUAUUUCCUCUUUCUGUUCUAUACAUAAUUGCCUAUAAUAAAUCUCUAGACUGUAGCAUUUCUAUAUUAAUCUUCUUCACCUGAUUCUUUCAUAAUACUUUAGCUAAUAAUAAUUUCAAAUAAGGGAACUGAAAUUUAAAAUUAACCAAAUUGGAGCUACAUCUUUUCGAACUGGGUUUUCAUCUUAGAAACAUUGCAUUCAUCUCUACUGUCAACUAGCUAGCUUGUUGCCUAAUAUUUCCUCUAUCGAAAUUAUUAUAAAAGAUGUAAAAAAGGCACAAAUGUGAUCAGGAAUGCGCUUCUCCGUUUAAAAUUGGCCACUAUAACUGUUUACGUCUUUUACAUGUCGAACUCUGUCACUUCAUAAAUCAUGUUAUGUCUUGUGUUAACUUCUAAAUAAUUGUAUAUAUAUGUGUGUAAGAUAAGUAGCUAAACCAACAUUACGACUUUAAUUUGCAAUAGUCCUGUUACACUCGUCCUAAAAAUAAAUAAUUACUUGUAAUAAA